CGGUGAGCAUUCCGCGUCCCAACUGGUGUCUAGUGAUCUGGCCAGACCAGCCUGGGAGCUCCGCAACAGAUUGGACUUAGCUGUAUGUCUCCCCACAGCGCUGAGCCCGACGCAGGGAGAGCCUUCCAACCUAAGAUGGGGGUCCCUCGAAGGCCAGGGGACGCCGCAGAACUGCGCAAGACUCUGAAGCCUCUAAUGGAGAAACGCCGACGAGCGCGCAUCAACGAGAGCCUUACCCAGCUCAAGGGUCUCAUCUUACCACUCAUCGGCAAGGAUAGUUCCCGCUACUCGAAGCUGGAGAAGGCAGAUAUCCUAGAAAUGACAGUGCGCUUCCUUCAGGAGCUGCCGACGUCCCACUGCCAUGCGGCUCCCACCUUAGCAGACAGCUACAGAGAAGGAUACCGGGCCUGUCUCAGCCGUCUGACCCGGGUCCUGCCCACCUGCAGCCUCCUUGAUGGCGAGGUAUGCAGCCGACUCCUCGAGCACCUGCACCGAAGCGCCUCCGGCCAGUACCCUCUCGGGCUCCCGGACUCCCGUAGCAGCCCCAAAGACUUGAGCUCUGAGUCCCCAAAUAGAAUGCGGUUGGCUUCCUCUCCUCGGGAAUCUGGCUGUCCUCCUGGCCCCCCACCUUCUGGACUCUGGCGCCCCUGGUAGCCCCCUUAGAGGUGAGGGGGACCUCUUUCGGACCUAUAUUUAUUUGGAAUCACAGGGAUAGAAGAAAAUUGGACAGAAAAUCUAUGGGGUGAAUGGGGUUCCUAGGGCCAGGUGCCCUAUCUAUUUUUUAGGCCCCAACUCCAUCUUCCAGCCUUCUCGCUAUCACUGCACUUUGUAGCUUUUAGUUUCUUCACAGAGGAAACCAAAAGGCUUUUUUUUUUCUUUCCCCAAUGGGUUUUGUUUUGUUAAACGUCCCCUCCCCCAGUAAAGCCUUUUGCAGAAGUGCUGGGCCCUCAAGGUCACUCUGCUGAUUGGGGAGGAGGGGACAAGGGCCCAGUGCACAAAAGAGGGAGAUUCUGCCUUGAGCUUGGACACGUUGGCUUCUCCUGGUCCUCAGAAUGAGCGUCAGUUCCAUUGGAGGCAGAAGAUCUACCAGUCCCUGGGACGGGGACUUUGCUGUUGGGUACCCCUCUUCUAAAGAAGUGGCUGGGGAUGUUGGCAACACUGAGCUGCCUGAGGCAGGUUGCAGGCUGACCUCCUCCUACCCUGGCCCCCAGCACCAGAAC